UUUUGUCCCCAGGUGGCAGCGAUGUCUGGCGGGUUGCGAGGGGCUGAGGGACGUCCUCCUGCCUGGGGUCUGGGUGGGUCCGCCACGACCUGAGGCAGCCUUGUGCUCAGGUGGACAUGGAGCCCCGGCGGGGCGGGGGGCCUCCCGGCUGCGGCCCAGCACCCCCUGCAGACGCCCUGGGCCUGGCCCUGUAUCUCUUGCUCCUCCUGGGAGUCCCUGGCUGUGCCCUGGCCCAGCCCCUGUGCAAGGAAGAGGAGUACCCUGUGGGCAACGAAUGCUGUCCCAAGUGCAGCCCAGGGUACCACGUGGUACGGGCCUGCGGAAACGAGAGUGGCACCGUGUGUGCACCCUGCCCUGGCGAGACCUACACUGCCCACUACAACGGCCUGAGCAAGUGUCUGCCGUGCCGCGAGUGUCAUGCAGCCCUGGGCCUGGUCACCAGGCGCGUGUGCUCCCGCAUAGCCAACACUGUGUGCGGCUGUGACCAUGGGCGCUUCUGCGUCAGCAAGGACGGUGACCACUGUGACGCCUGCCGGCCCCACUCCACCUGCCGCCCAGGCCAGAGGGUACAGGAGACAGGCACCGAGAGUCGGGACACUGUGUGUGGCGACUGCCCGCCGGGCACGUUCUCGCCCAACGGGAGCUUGGAACAGUGUCAGCCCUGGACCAGCUGCAGCCACUGGCUCCUGGCCGAAGCAGUGCCUGGGACCAACCGCACAGAUGCCACCUGCUCCCCCUGGAUGCAGCAUCUUGUUUGGGGCUUUGCCACCACCAUCAUCCUGUUGAUCCUUGUUGGUGUAUUCAUCUGGAAAUGGAGGAGACGGAAAAGGCCACCAGGUGACCAGGCGACCGACUCAAUCCAGGGCAAAAGGAGUGAAGACAGCAAGCCCAUGGUGCUACAGGUGCUGCCCAGCGUCACCACGGUGGCGGAGGAGGAGACGGCCCCUGUGCUGAUCUAGGGGGCCAUCGCUAGCCAGCGGGAUCGACGGCUGCCACGUGUGGGACCAGCUGUUGGA